AACUCUGUUCCGAAAGGUGCUAUAUAAAUAAAUAAAGUUAUUACUAAUGAAUCAACCGGUAACACUGAGAUCAUUAGGGGCCGUCUACGUCACACCCCGUGACGUCGUCCGGAGGGGGGCGGGGCGGUUUGGCCAAACAUCCCGCGCGUCGCCGGCAGCGCGUGACACACACACACCUGGAGGAGAGAGGAACGCAGCUCGCGGAACUUUGCUCUCCGGUGUUCUUUCUGGCAACAUGUGGGCGCGAGCUGUGCUGUGCGCGGCGCUACUGUCCGCGCUCUGCCCGGCGGGGAGGACGGAAGCCGAGAGGGACGAGCGCGCGGUGCAGGACUCCAACUACUCCAACUCCAACAGACUGCUCGGCGCUCUGCACGAAGUGUUGGAGAAACUGCAGACCAAGAGGAUUAAUCCCUGGGAGAAGAAGUACGGACAGGUCCCCUCUUGUGACCUCGGGGAGCACUGCGCCGUCAGGAAAGGAUCUCGUAUCGGGAAGAUGUGCGACUGCCCUCGAGGAGCUUUCUGCAACUUCUUCCUGCUGAAGUGCUUAUGAGCCAAUCAGACGACACAGCAAGAGUAUAUUUUAACAUGUAUAUUUUCCAUUUAUAUAUAUAAAAAAAUCUAAAUGAUGUAAAGUAGCCUAGAAUAAAAUAUAUAAUAAAUCAUGAA